AUGACGUGGCCUAAUAACCGUAUAGCAAACCAUGAGAGUGUGCCGCAAACAGGAGAUGAAGCUCGGACUUGUUCCCGUGUGCUCGCAGGACCUUCCGGAGGCGGCCGGCCCCGCGGAGACCACGCGGCUCGGCCCCCAAGUGCGGGGGCGGACUCCUGCCUCAGCUGCGUCAAGGUGGCGCUCCUGGGUGCGUCUGCCGUCGGGAAGACCUCCAUCGUCAGGCAGUUCGUGUGGAACGAGUUCAGCGACGACUACUCGGCGACGGACCGCCGCUACGCCUACUACCCCACCGUGGUGAUCAACGAGCGCCUGUACGAGCUCAAGGUCUCCGACAUACCCGUCAUCCCCUACUUCCCCAUCAACUCCUUCUACGAGUGGGCCGACUUCCGCUUCUACGGACUCAGGAGCGCCAACGCUUACGUGCUGGUGUUCGACCUGUGCAACACGGACUCGUUCCAGUACAUCCGCAGCCUGCGCGACCAGAUGUGGGAGAGCCGCGACAUGCGCCACGUGCCAGUCGUCGUCGUCGGCAACAAGCUGGACGCGCUGCAGAUGCACGCCGCCGCCGCUGCCCGGCGCCGCGACAUCGUGACGCUGGUGCGCAAGCACUGGAAGUGCGCCUACGUCGAGUGCAGCGCCAAGUACAACUGGCGCGUCGUCGCCGUCUUCAAGGAGGUGACGCGCGCCGUCGACGCCGCCCUGCACUCCGCCAAGGACGCCACCUCGCCCAUGAUGGACAACUUCCACGGCGCGCUCGACCGCAACAAGUGCAGCAUCCUGUGA